GUAGAGGAAUCUCUCAAGAAUCCUACUCUUAUCUCCAAAACUUUCCAACUGCCUAUUUUCCAAAUCUAAAUCUUAUUUAAAACCUCUCAAACUUCACUUCUCCUCUCUAUCUUUCACUCUUUCUCCACGUAAAACUAAACAUUAUUCUUCAUGGCUUCUGAAAUAUCCGAGGUUCAUGCCAUGGAGGUUGAGGGUAACAAUAACUAUGAAGUGUGUUGUGUAAAGCAAGUAGACUUAACAGUUCCCAAAACUGAUGAUCCUUCCAUGCCUUGUGUCACUUUCAGAAUGUGGGUUCUUGGAGUUCUUUCUUGUGUUAUUCUCUCCUUUGUGAACCAGUUCUUUUGGUACCGAACUCAGCCAUUGACGAUCACUGCAAUUUCUGCUCAGAUUGCUGUUGUUCCUCUCGGUCAUUUGAUGGCUAGAAUUCUCCCUCAUCGUGUGUUUUUUAAGAGUUCUUUAUUUGAGUUUAGUAUGAAUCCGGCGCCGUUUAAUAUUAAGGAACAUGUUCUUAUUACCAUUUUUGCAAACUCUGGGGCUGGAACCGUUUAUGCCACUCAUAUUUUGACUGCGGUUAAGCUCUUGUAUAAGAGAAAACUCGCCUUUUUUCCAGCAUUUCUUGUUAUGCUCACCACUCAGGUGUUAGGCUUUGGUUGGGCUGGUCUUUUCAGGAAAUAUCUGGUUGAGCCAGGGGAAAUGUGGUGGCCAACUAAUUUGGUUCAGGUCUCUCUGUUCAGUGCUUUACAUGAGAAAGAAAAAAGACCAAAAGGGGGAAUGUCUCGCAAUAAAUUCUUUGUUCUUGUCUUGGCGAGCGGUUUUGCUUACUAUGUCUUGCCUGGCUAUUUGUUUACUAUGUUGACAUCAAUAUCAUGGGUAUGUUGGUUGGAUCCCAAGUCUGUUCUAGUCCAACAAUUGGGUUCAGGGAUGAAAGGACUUGGAAUUGGUUCCAUUGGACUUGACUGGUCUACAAUUUCUGCAUAUCUUGCGAGUCCUCUCGCUAGCCCCUGGUUUGCCACUGCCAAUGUUGCUGUUGGUUACUGCCUUUUUAUGUACGUGUUGAUACCAAUUGGCUAUUGGUUCAAUUUCUACAAAGCCAAGAACUUCCCCAUAUAUUCUCAAGAUCUUUUCAUGGCAAACGGUGAAAAAUAUGAUAUUUUGAGCAUUGUCGACUCGCACUUUCAUCUUGAUAGGGAUGCUUAUGCGAAGAAUGGUUCUAUACAUCUUUGCUUCUUAUUUGCUGUGACUUAUGGUAUCGGAUUUGCCACACUAUCUGCUACACUUGUCCAUGUGAUACUCUUUAAUGGAAGUGACCUAUGGAGGCAAACCAGAAGUGCGUUUAGCGAUGAUAAGAAAAUAGAUAUACACACAAAACUGAUGAAGGUAUAUGAUGCAGUGCCGAUGUGGUGGUUUUGGGUUAUCCUUGUGGUGAACAUUGCUGCAAUAAUCUUUGCUUGCCAGUACUACAACGAGUCACUUCAGUUGCCUUGGUGGGGUGUGUUGCUAGCUUGUGGUAUUGCUGUUACCUUCACUCUUCCAAUUGGUAUCAUCUACGCCACCACAAACCAGCAACCAGGUUUGAACAUAAUUACAGAAUAUGUGAUCGGGUAUAUCUACCCAGAGCGCCCUGUUGCUAACAUGUGCUUCAAGGUAUAUGGAUAUAUUAGCAUGUCUCAAGCUCUAUCCUUUCUUGCUGACUUCAAGCUUGGCCAUUACAUGAAAAUUCCUCCAAGAGCAAUGUUCAUGGCUCAGGUAGUUGGAACAGUGUUAGCAGUACUGGUAUACACUGUAACUGCUUGGUGGUUAAUGGCCGACAUUCCAAAUCUUUGUGAUACCAAUUUGCUUCCCAGUGACAGCCCUUGGACAUGCCCUAUGGAUCGUGUAUUCUUUGAUGCCUCGGUCAUAUGGGGGCUUGUUGGCCCUCGAAGAAUUUUCGGAGAUCUUGGAGAAUAUGGGAAGGUGAAUUGGUUCUUUCUUGGUGGAGCCAUAGCACCUCUUCUAGUGUGGCUUGCCCACAAAUUAUUCCCUGGGCAGAAAUGGAUAAAGCACAUCCACAUGCCUGUCCUUUUGGGUUCCACAGCAAUGAUGCCUCCAGCUUCUGCAGUAAACUUCAACAGUUGGAUCUUCCUUGGAUUUAUCUCUGGUUUCAUAGUUUUUAGGUUUAGACCGGAAUUGUGGAAGCGAUACAAUUACAUUCUCUCCGGUGGCCUUGAUGCCGGGACUUCGUUUAUGACAGUGCUGUUGUUUCUUGCCCUGGGAUCCAAGAAUAUUGGCCUUGAAUGGUGGGGAAAUAAAGGAGAAGGUUGUCCCUUAGCUUCUUGUCCAACUGCAAGAGGGGUUAAGGUUGAUGGCUGCCCAGUUGUAAAUUGACUUAAUUUCCACUGUGUUCAGAACUAUUAUCAGUCCCUUUGUAAAUUGUUUUCUUUUUAUGAGAUUAUUUUGAUAUUUCAGAUGAUA